AAAAAAGAAAAUCAAAAGAUUCUUUUUUCUCCCCUUCUCGAAAAGUUGUUCUCGAAUAUCUUUUCACCGCAAUUUUUCGUAACUGAAUUUUAUUCGACACCGCUUAUUCAUCUGUAGAGAGAAAGCGCUUGCUGGGGUAUAACUAAAGAAUUUGUUUCCGUUUGUACAAAUAUAUAUAACGAUAAUGAUUGAAACAGCAGCCCGCAUGUAGACUGCUAGUUGAUGAAUGCUCUCGCGAUCGAGAAAAACCAAACCGACCGGAAAAAGGAAAAACAUGUGGGUCAAGCUAAAACGACGAACAAAGAGUCCAAUUCACCAUAAACAGCCGUGCGGUGGUUGCGCAUCAAAGGAAUCGUUAAAUACCCGCUUCAAUUUAAGGAGUUACAAUUUUUAGCACGUGAUUUACUCUUAAAGUUAUACAUACACACACAUGGCAGCCAUUACUACGAUUAUUUUUUAUCGCCCUGCAAGACUGUUGAGAGAAGCCGAAGGGUUCGAAAGAGGGGGGGGGGGAGAGGUUUGGAGGUCGUCGUUCCUUUUUCUUUUAGUGUUGUAAAUACCAAGAGGAAAUGUUGCUGAGGAAGACUACCUUCAAGCUAAAAAUAAUUAUAAAUCCAUCAGUCAAUCAGUUCCUUUGUUGUUGUUUGGAAUUUUUUUAGCCUGAAACCACAAAAAAGGUGUUCCCAUUAUAAAAGAAAAGGAAUAAAUUACCAAGUACAUGAUCGAUAUUUUCACGGAUGAGAGAAUCGAUCAUUUGAAUCAAGCAGACGAAUUUUUUCAAAAAACAACAACAACACAUUGAAAAUGUUUCGGCAUAUAAAGAUAUUGAAUAAAAAUUUUUCAGGGCCUACAUCAGUCCGUUAUCUAUCGUCUUUAGAAAAAUUCAAAAGAUGGUAUCGUGAUCUAUGGUAUCCAAAAGGGCCGGCUCCUCCUUUCAAACAUGUGUGUCAACUUGGUGAUCCAACCCUAAGACUGAAGUCCUCAGAAGUGGCGCUGGAUGAACUUAGCUCUGAGCGCAUUAAAAAUAUUCUUCUAGUCCUCAGAGGAGUGAUGAAACACUAUAAAGCAAUAGGGAUAUCUGCACCUCAAAUUGGAAUUCCAUUGAGAAUUAUAAUGAUUGAGAUCCCUGAUUCUUUGGUUGAAAAAUUUGGCCCAGAAACUUGCAAAACACGUGAAAUAGUUCCAACUCCUUUUAAAGUAUUUAUUAACCCAGUGAUGCAAGUUAAGGAUUUUAAGAAAACUUUGUUUCCUGAAGCUUGUGAGAGCCUCAAAGGAAUAAGUGCUAUAGUUCCUAGAUAUAGAGCAGUUCAUGUGAAGGGAUAUGAAUAUGAUGGAUCUCCAACAGAAUGGGAUGUCACAGGAUGGGGUGCAAGAAUUGUGCAACAUGAAAUGGAUCAUUUGGAUGGUCAGAUCUACACAGACAUAAUGGAAAGUAAAUCUUUGCAAGUUGAUCUUUGGAAAAAAAUUAAUGCCCACCAAGGAAAGAUCCUUAUAAAAUAUAACAAAUGAAUGAUUGCUAUUUUUUCAUAGAUGAGAAAUAAAUAUAUUACAAUUUG